CAAUCGUGUGCUCUUUUAGUUGCUUAUUAUGCUUUAAAAUCCGAGUCCUAGUUAUAACUUAUAAAAUAUAAUAUAUACGUUUAUGUACCGUUCUACGAGUAUAUGCAUACAUAAAGCGAUGCUCGAAACUAUAUAGCGACGGCCGGUGUAUAUAAAUUAUAAGUACCAUAUAACUAUUAUAACUAUUAGUAAGUUAGUAACUAACUUAGCACACUCUAUAACUGAACAAACACCAUCGAAGUUAGGCAGUCGGUCCGCAAACAGAUAAGUUGUACACAGUAUAGUUACGAAUAUACAACCAUCUGGCUAGGUACUAAUAUCAUCGUGUAUAUUUCGAGGGCUUACAUAUUAUUAUACACAAUAGUCAAAAUAUAAUAUAAUAAAAUAUAAUAAAAAUAUAUAAUUCAAAAUAAUAAUUCACAAUAUAAUUCUCACCUUGCCAUGUUUGUGGGUAUCAUGUUAAUAUGUUAUUAUGUAUUAUUUUAUGAAACAUAAAUUAAACAUAUUGUUUUAUACAUAAUUAUUAUUCAAAUCGUUACACUAAGUGUGACUUGGCUUUAGCUAUUUCUUAAAAAACGAUAUGCGUAGAUACUACGGGUCAAUAAUUUAUAAACAAGUCAUAAUAUUUAAAAUAUAUAUACAUAUAUAACGAAUAACGAUUUAUAAUUUAUAGAUUAUUUUAAUAAUCGUUGAUAUUCUGAAACAUUUACUUAAUUUAUAAUAGCUACUCAACAAUACGAAAAAAAUUAAAAGUUAAAACAAAUAUUUUUUUGUACACUGCAAUAUUGAAGUUUUAUUCAAAAUAAAUAACAAAGUAGAACGUAUUAUAGUUAUGGCACAAGUGGUUCAUGACGCACAUGCUUACAACGAAAAUAAAACAAUAACGUAUACCUAAUAUUGAUGAAGAAAAAGUCGACUUGGAAAAACCAUGUAAUAACACAAUAUGAGAGGGGAUGAAGAAGCACAUAUUGUGAUGUACAGAUGAAAAUUUUGUCUGUCAAAUGUCUCCCUUGGUUAGCUGUACAUUGUGAGAGUUGGACAGCGAAGUUUCCCAUGGAGUUCCAUGGAGUGUUCAAGAUUAUGUUGUUGAUUUCGAGGCGAAUUCGCUUCUUCAAGUCGACAAUAGUCCUUGAUGGAUUGUUUUUGAACAAAUUGGCAUUCAAAUAACCUCAAAGAAAAAAAUCAAAAGCUGUUUUGUGAACUUAUGAGACGUCCUGGAAAUGUCAGCUUCAACAGAUCCAUUGAGAUUCGUGCAGUAUGGCUUAUUGUACCAUAUUUUUAAAAAGCUCUACGUUUAUCAGUCAGUGAGUUAGUCAAGUAAUAAUAUUAUAGUUAUUCUGCUUGGCGUUGCCCGUGAGACUCUUAUGAUUAUGCGAGCAGUAUAUUAUCAUGAGAUGUAUACGAGAACGUAUAGAAUUUCAUUACCAGGUUUAUCCGCGGACAUCAUAUUAUUAUGAUUGUAAACAAAUGCAGUUAUUGGAUACUACUUCCAUUCACAAUUGUAUCGUUGACAUUGAGUGUUGAAAUUAACACGGACAACGUACAUUUAACGGGAAGUGGAUCGAGCGAAGAAAUAAACUGCACGACGUAUAAUUCAUGCAGACAAUGUGCUGAUGUACCUGUUUGUGGCUGGAUAAUCGAAAAACAAAUUUGUUGUCUUUAUUCAAAUCAGAGUCUCCUGGAAAGUUCCAUAGUGGUAGCUAAAGAAUUUUGCACAGAGUAUAAAGUGUCUUUAACAACUAUAGAUACAGAUUAUUGGAUAAAAGUUGUGGUCUCGAAUAUUGAAGAAAAUAGUGUAAACAAUUUUUUAAACGAACAUGCGGUUAUCAAUUUUCAUGUCGAAGACAAAAGUUAUAACGCUUCAAUCAACAAUGGAGUAAUGGCUUUAAAAUGGGUAAAAGUAGAUGUUUUAACUGAUAGAAUACGAAAAACACACAAAAUCAAUCCUUUGCAUAUUUUUUAUUUUUUAAUCAUUGUCAAUGGCGUAAAAUUAAAAUUCAACGACCCGCGAGAUCAUUAUAUCAGCUAUCACAGUUGGAGUUGCCCAAAAGCAGACUGUUCGAUCACUUAUUGGGAAAGCGAUUCGAGAAAAUAUUACUGUAAAUGGUGUUUGAAAAACGACGACUGUCGGAUAGCAGCCAAACAACAGGACAGUUGCGACAUACGGAACGCGACCAACAACGCGAAAAUGGUCAGAAAAACAGUGCCGUCCUCGUUCGACGUGAAUGGUCCCGACCUGGCGAUCGAAUCUGUCAAACCAGACGUGUUGCUCUUCACGCGUAACACGUCGUCGAUGUUGUACAUAACCGUCAAGAAUCACAGGUUUUUGUCCGACGACGAGUCGACAAAGGUGACCGUGUCGGGGCAAGAUUGCAGCAAAGUGACCACGGUCGACGAUCGGACGAUCAAAUGCACAGUCAGUUACUACAACGAUCCGACGAUGUCGGUCGAGGGUCCGGUGGUGGUCGAGUACGCGUACAAUACGACCGCGGUGAGGCUGAAAUCGGCGCAAACGUUCAAGUUCGUCGUGCCGAGCGUGACGGGCGUGAACCCGACGUGCGGUCCCGUCACCGGCGGCACCCGCAUAGAACUCACGGGCCAGUAUCUGAACGUGACCACUGAAGUCGGGGUGUUCUUCAACAGCAUGUCGACCCCGAUGUGCAAGAUCAAAGAGAUGACGCGCGACCGAAUAAGUUGUGUGACCAUGCCGCUGGCCGACGGCAAAGGACGCGGCGCCGACGUCGGCCCGUUGCUGAUCGUGGUCGACAAAAUGAAAGGGACGUUCUACAGGAAAAAAAAAUUUUCGUACGUCUCCGAACCGACCGUGUUGGACGGUCAAGUGUUUGCGGGAAUCGCGUCGGGCGACGUGCCGUUGAUCGUCCGGGGCGAUUUCGAGUGCACCGGAAACCAACAGAUGUACGUGGACUACAAAGGGACGACCCACUACGGCCUUUGCGCGGUACGCGACUACAACGGCACCAAGGCGAUGUACUGUCGGCCGCCAAAAUUCGACAGUCCGGCGAAGACGACUGAACUUCCGCUCGGGUUCACCGCCGAGAUGGACGGCAAAGUCGUGCGGAUGCAGAAAAAUACUCCCAUCCACUAUCUGAUGUACCGCGACCCGGUUUACGUAGACUUUGAGGUUUACAACCAGAACUACACGGUCCACGUUAACGGACUGUUUCCGGAUCCGAUGCAACGCCGCCAAUUGGACGGCAGCUACUAUUUCGAAGUGGCGUUACUCGGGCUGCAGCCUCCGGACGGCGACGACGACGACGACGUGACGUUAUGCUUAGUGAUCGAAGUUACCGAUAGUUACGUGAAGUGCUGGCCGCCGUCCGGAACUUCGCUCGCCGGUGUCCUAGAAAUCGCCAUUGUCGUGCCGGACGGACAAGCGAAACGGAUCGUAGUCGUAGUACCCAGACGACACAAACAGUAUCACCAGAUCCUCAAGUCGAUGCAGAAAUCGCAAUGCCUCAUCGGCGGUUUUUCAGUAUUGAUCGUAUGCGUGAUUGCAGUGAUGUUUAGCGUAAAGAAAAUAAGGGACCAUUCUAAGAGAUACACGCGAAGGCGAUACAUGAGCGAACUUCGAAACAUCACCGCCGGAAUUGAAGACAGCAGUGACUAUUUAUUGCAGGAUUCGAAUACACCGUCCGCAGGACAAAGACUGAAUAACGAACGUAAAAAAAACGUAAAAUGAUUUGUUUUUGAUUAUAUACAAAAUAACUUGAACAUAACUACAAUAUUAUUUGUAAAUAUAUUUUUCAACUAUUAUUUAAUGCUUAUAUCUUAUAAUAACUUCGAAACGCUGUUAUUAUUUAUUCAUUAUUUUUAGUUUUAAUUUACAAAUAAAUAAUUUUUUUUUAUCGUUUA